CUGCGCACGUCCGGCACAAUGCCGUGGCGUGUGCAAUCUCUCGAUGAAAGCUCCGAUCUGGAUCAGACGAAGGCUGAGAAGGCUGAGAAGGCUGAGAAGGGCAGAAACCGGUCACCAUCUUCGAGAACACUCUCACCGCAACCACCCUCCCCUCCCUCAGGCUCAGUGCGGGAUUUGCAUCCACAGGGUUGGCACGUGACGGAGAUUUCUCAUCGAAUUGAAGCUCGCCUUGACCGCAUUUCAGAGCAGGUGGACGCUUGCCUCGCAGAGAUCUCACGCAACAAGGUCUUGAGACUGCCAGGGGAGCCGACGAGCAAAGUACAAGGAGACCUGGCACCAACCACGUCUACGUCAUUGCGGCGGCACCUUCCUUUUGCUGUUUAUGAUCCCGCAGCCUCAGCAGACCUAGCUGACAGCCGAUCCCUAUCUGGAGUGCUUCCAGCAUCUGAUGAAAGUCCUAUAAGUCCUCGUGAUAAAGCAAGCCUUCCGUUGCAGGGAGUGCCCAUCCGUCCGAACCGGAAUGCUGGACCAGCUCGCAGUGUGGAUCUCCGAUUGGUAUCGCACUUGACGCAGGCGCUUGCCACGGAUGACUUGCCAGAACAUGAGCGGCCAAUGCACCGCCUUUUGCAUCGCAGCCGCUGCAAUGCUGUUUGGGAACUGCUGGAGGAUCCAGGCUCGAGCCGAUUUGCUUGGUGGAUCUCGCAACUACUGAAGGUCCUUGUCACCUUGAGUGUUGCAGUGACAAUCCUGCAGCUCAGUCAGGAGCCGAUCAUCAUUGAUGGGCUUGCCGCUGCUUUGUUGGAAACAGCCUUCGACGUGAUUUUCCUUUUCGAGUUCCUUUGCCGGAUUUUCUCGGCACCUUCGAAGAGAGAGUACAUAAAGGAUCCUGUGAACUGGGCAGACGUUGCGUCAGCCAUAGGACUUCCUCUACGCGUGAGUAUCGGAUUGGUCAUUGAAGAAUCCGCAGACCCCGCAAAAGAAGCCAUCCAAGCCAUCUUGCUGUUUGUUCUUCCACUGGUCCGCUUUCUCAAGCUCUUGAGAUACUUCGAAACCAUUCGGCUUUUAUUCGAUGCCUUCAGAAAAUCGAUUGACGCCUUGCCUGUUCUGAUGUACACGAUGGCCUUGAUGGUGCUGGUAUCCACGUUUGCGCUUUAUUUGGCAGAGACGAGGAGCAACAUUCCGAGCAUUCAGCACUCAUUGUGGCUUUGUCUGGUCACCAUGACAACUGUCGGAUACGGUGAUUAUGUGCCCAAAUCAGCUGGUGGCUACGUCAUCAUGUCCCUGCUCACCAUUGCUAGCGUGCUAUUUCUUGCGAUGCCAGUUGGCAUCAUCGGAAAUGAGUUCAACCUUUGCUGGCAGGGGCGCGACCAGGUGUUGAGCAUAUCGCGAAUUCAAAAGGCUUUGCUCAAGUGGGGCUAUGCUGCUGCAGAUGUGCGGCAGUUGUUUGAAUACGUUGACGAAGAUGGCGAUGGACAAUUGAACUUUUCAGAAUUCUUGGAGUUGUUUAGUGAAAUGCGAAUUGGGGUUCGGGGAGACACAAUGAUGACACUUUUCUCGAUGUUUGACACGGAUCAGAGUGGCCACGUCGACUACUCGGAGUUCCUGCUGCAGAUUUUUCCCAACGAGGAGGCGAAGAUUCGCAUGAAGUGGCUUCGUCGAUCAUCCAGCAGGAAGGUGUUCGAAGCCUUCAAGCGGUUGGAGACAUCGCGAAGUUUGAAUAGCAUAGCGGAAGGGAAGGGUGAUGUAUCUCCUGCUGCUCGCCAUCGCUGAUAUGGAGUCUGCCAAGACAGAGUUAUAGAGAUCGCCUAAAAGCGCACUUUUUCAAGUGAUGGUUUCAGCAAGUGGAUCAGCUUCAUGAAACUUCUAAACUCGAACCACUACCCGACAUCCAUGAAGAUCCAUGAAGGGCGUGAUGAUUUGAUGCCAUGACAGCGACCGACACAGUUCGGGACUGUACUGAGAUUUGCUCUAUGGUGAGCACUUGAAGCCCGGAUCACAACACAAUUCGCUGAAGCCAACCUCAAUCAUUCGUCUUUCCUCAAGGGACUGGCGUUCUUCAACGAGAGUUUUCUGUUUGAAAUGGCGCUCAGUCGCAGAUACUUGUUACUGUGCUGAGCAGGUCGCACAGCAACAUUUCAGCUGCCCGAAGUGGGCAACAG